AAACACAAAAAGUGGCAGGACAUGCUUUCCUACGUCUCUUCGUGUCUCCGCCAGCUCUCUGCCUUCGUUUCACAAUGAGUUUCUACUACCAGCCCUUGAGGGUCCCUCACCCGCCAAACUUCCCCCUCUUCGACACCUUUGUUCCAAAACGCGCGUCGUUUUGGGCCCACCAGCACACUCAGGCGAUGAAGACGCCUAAAGUCACGAAACUCAUGAACGACCUCCCCAAACGCAUGGCGCCACAGUUCAGAAAGGUCCGAGUAGAGAACAUUGCGUCGGCUCUUCGACGUCACAAGUUUUCCAACAACAUUGGAGUUUCUCGUUCGUCCAAACUUCCCGACAGUAAUCCGCCUGUCCCUCAUGGGGAGGACAGAGAUAAUAUGGAAGAGCUGGUUGCAUCUCUGGAUUCUACCCACCUCUACAUUCUCACGGCGCACAGAUGCCAAAUGGCCUUCGACACUAACCUCACGCCGGAGGUGAUGGCACAACGGAUGCAGAAGAUCGAGGACCGCGACGCCGCUGCCUCACGAGUGAGGCUGAAACAUCGUCAGGAACGAGAAAAGGCCGAGCGUAAACGGAGGAAGCAGGCACAGGAUGACCUUCGAAAGAAGAAACAGCAGGAGGAGGAGGAAGCAGAGCGGUUAGAGCAAGAACAUAAACGCAAACUGAGGGAAGCACAGCAGGCCAAGGUUUCUCCUCCCCAUACCCCACCGUUUAAGCCAACUUUCCAAGAGUCACCUUCCGCCACGCUGUACCGUUUGUACGAAUCCAAGUGGGCAGAUUUAAAAGCAGGCAACACGAUGUCUAUCGGUCAUCUUACGUUUAUGACCUUUCCUUGGCCAACUCUUGAGAGGAUCUCCGGGGAGGUAAACCUCACGUUUCAAAACGUUCGCGACUUUCUAUUGGAUCCUGCCAGACCCAACUCCAAAGAUAAGAGCAAAAAAGAUAUCCUCAAGGAAGAGCUGUUGAGGUGGCAUCCGGACAAGUUUAUAAAGGUACUGCCGUUGGUGUGUGAGAACGACAGGGAAAUGGUUGGCACUGCAGCAAAGACGAUCGGGAGGUUGAUGAUGGAGUUGUUGCCCGAGUUCACUCGUGUAUAG